AUGGCUAACUAUCUCGCCUCUAUUUUCGGUACGGAGCAGGACAAGGUCAACUGCUCCUUCUAUUACAAGAUCGGCGCCUGCCGCCACGGCGACCGCUGCUCGCGCAAACACGUCAAGCCAUCUUACAGUCAGACGAUCCUAUUACCUAAUUUGUAUCAGAACCCAGCCUACGAUCCCAAGAACAAGAUGAAUGCGCAGCAAAUGCAGAUGCAUUUUGACGCCUUCUACGAGGACAUCUGGUGCGAGCUAUGCCAGUUUGGACUGGUUGAGGAGUUGGUAGUUUGCGACAACAACAAUGAUCACCUCAUCGGCAACGUCUACGUGCGCUUCAAGUACGAGGAAGACAGCCAGAAGGCGUGCGACGCGCUCAACAGCCGCUGGUACGCCGGCCGCCCCAUCUACUGCGAACUUUCACCCGUCACCGACUUCCGCGAGGCCUGCUGUCGGCUCAACAGUGGCGAGGGCUGUGUGCGCGGCGGCUUCUGCAACUUCAUUCAUCGCAAGGAACCGUCGCCGGAACUGGAGCGCGAAUUAGACAUGUGCACGCGCAAGUGGCUCAAGGAGAGAGGCCGUGAUCCAAGGAGCAUGAGCAGGAGCCCCACACCGCCAGCAAAGAGAUUAUAG